CGCCGGACUCCGCGGCCCGGUCCCGCCCCUGUGGCGAAAACAAUUGACGCCAGAAAACAAUUGACGCAUGCUUAGCAAUGCGGCAAGCGAGUGGCAAGGGGAAGCGAUAUCUUCCUCGGACAUUGAAGCAGAGCUCGGUUCGACUUGAGCAACAUGUCAGGAGGAAACUUGCCAGCGACCAGCAAGGCAUGGCGAAUCAAAGCCGGCGGGCAAAAUGCAGAGACUAGCCUGUUCCAGGUCGAAGAGCCCGUCUCUGCCCCGAAGCGUGGUCAAGUUCUAGUCCACAUCAGGGCAACUUCUCUCAACUACAGGGAUCAGAUGAUCCUCAAGGGACACUACCCACCGCCCAUCGAAUCCAAGAACGGCGGACCCAUUCCCCUGUGUGACGGAGCAGGAGAUGUCAUCGCUGUCGGAGAAGAUGUCACUACGCUCAAAGUAGGCGACAAGGUACUGACUACCUUUACGGGCGAGUGGCAGUCUGGCGAUAUGAAGGCAGAGUAUUGGGCGACGACGUUGGGCGGCCCAGUCGACGGUACGCUGACUCAGUACCGUUGCUUUGAAGCCAAAGGCCUCGUACACAUGCCACCCCACUUGUCCUACGAGGAAGGUGCUACUCUGCCGUGUGCCGCCUUGACAGCCUAUCAAGCUCUCUUCGGCUUCAAUGAGCCCAUCAGAGCCGGUCAGACAGUCUUGCUCCUCGGCACGGGCGGUGUCAGCAUUCACGCACUCCAGCAAGCCGUCGCUGCAGGUGCCAAAGUCAUCAUCACCUCUUCUUCCGACGAGAAGCUUGCUCGCGCCAAGAAGCUAGGCGCGUGGGAGACGAUCAAUUACAGCACGACGCCAGAGUGGAGCACAAAGGUCAGAGAGCUCACCAAUGGCAUUGGGGUGGACAAAGUGCUCGAAGUGGGCGGCCCAGGCACAUUCAUGCAGUCUUUGAAGAGCAUCAAGCCGAAUGGUGGCGUCUUCUGUAUCGGUGCUCUCGGCGGGCCGCCGCCCAAGGACUCAAAGGACAAUAUUCCAAUCACAAUCUUGUUCAGCUCGGCCAAUGUUCGUGGCAUCAUGGUCGGCUCGGUUCAAAUGUUCGAGCAGCUCAACGAACGUAUCAUGGUCGCGCACAAUGUCAAGCCAAUCAUUGAUCAAGUCUACGCAUUCGGCGAUGUCGUAAAAGCCUACCAGCAUCUGGCAAAGGGAGCAUUCGGCAAGAUUGUAAUAAAGACCGAGUAAAUGAACACGCAGAAGAAGCAGAAGCAGAAUAAGCUUGAACACUCUAUGCAUGACAACAACACAUUUAUGCGCUGCU